UCAUUUUACUUCUGUGUGUGCGUUUGAUUGCAGUUUGAUUAGAAAAUCUCUCAAUUUUCCCCAUGAAAACAGACGAAAUCACCAAAAAUGCUAUCAGUAGCGCGAAGCAGAGUGUCCCCCGAUAGCCAGUGAUAUCACGCAAUAGAGACCAAAGCUGUAGGAGCGAAGCAAAUGUCAAGUGCAUGACUGAGGAAUUGUAGUGCGUUUUUUCCUGGAAGUCACCCUUAUUUGAUUUCACCAUCCAUCCCAAAAUCAGUGCGUCAUCUCAGUUCAGUUUAUGGGUUGUCGGAUAUCUAGUCAUGAUAGUGACUCUCCACCGCCGAACACGAUGUUUCGAGCCAAUCCUGACCAGAUCAACUUUAAGGCUCGUCUCGAGAAGAAACUGUGCUUGGCCCGCGAAACCCCGGAGGCAGUCUUUGAUAUUAGCCAGUGCAAUCUGAAGGAGGUCCCGCAGGGCGUAUUCGUCCUAUGCAAGGUCUUGAGGAAGGAGAGCCUCCUGCUCAGCGAGAACAAACUUUCGUCUCUGCUGUGCAGUGGAAGUUCCCUCGCGGACCUCUCCCUUCUCACAACGCUGGAUCUGAGGUCCAAUAAAUUCAGGAAACUCCCCGAUGAACUAUACAAGUUGGAAAAUCUCAGGGAACUUGUGGUGUCACAGAACCAAUUAACCACUCUACCUCCCACUCUCAAUCGUUUGCGGAAGCUAGAGCUUCUGGACAUAGCUGAGAACUGCCUUCAGUCGAUUGAACAAGUGUCUUGUAUGCUCCAGCUUAGGAUCCUCAAUGUUAGUGGCAACCCCGAGCUGAGGACCAUUUCCCCGCAUCUCUCUACAUGCGAGAGUCUUGUGGAUUUCAUUCUAGACGUGGACGUCGUUGAGUAUCCGCCCAAGGAAGUCACUCAGCGCGGAACUCUAGCUGUGCUGCAAUUUCUGGCCACGGGCGAGUGUACAGCUGUUGAUGGCCCUGUGGAGAUUGCCAUUGCUGCCACUGAAGAGUUUCUGGCUGCCGAGCGUGGGACCAGCAGAGUGAGUGAGAAUGAGGAGAGGCAGCGUCAGGAGCACUUCAUGAGACUCGAGAGGGAAGCUCUGGAGAAGAAUCAGGAGAUUGAAGCGAGGCUGCACAUGGAGCAGCAGCGAAAGCGUGAAGAAUUGCUCAAGGAGCUCCUGCAUCAGCAAACGGAGUCCGACCAGAAGGUGGCUCAAUUGCAGCAAGAAAAGGAAGUGGGUCGCAAUCGUCUAAUCACAGAUAUUCUGCGCGAAGAGGAGCGUUGGAGUGGGAUCAUGGAUAAACUAAUUUCCCUGAGAGGCGCUCCAGAUCCUGUGCUCCUGGAGCAGGAGCGUGUCGAGCAGGAAAAACUAAUGGAGCAACUGAGAAUCCAUCAGAGUGAUUUGAGGAAGCAGGAGAUCCUUGGAGCGAUGACAGACUUGCUAGCAAAUGAGGUGAAUCGUGUGAUAAGCUAUCAGGAGAAACGUGAUGAGGUGUCACGUGGUGUCCUGGCGAAAGAGUGUGAAACGAGUGACAUCUUGGAGGAAGUAUUCCGCAAUAACAGCAACGAUCGUCGACAAAUUGUGACGGAAAUUAAUCGGGAUGAGGAACUGCAGAAGGCCGCUGUGGCCACGCUCAUCUCCAAAAACGACGCCCGAAGUUGGGGACUUGUGGAGCAGUUGCGCAUUGUGGAGGGACAGUUGGCGGCGAUGAGUCGCUUUGAGAUGGAGAAGAAAAAGUUGGCUACUGAGGAGCAAAUCCAGGAUCUCUCAGAGAGACGCCUCAACCUCACAGCUAUCCUGAUGGAUCUGCUGGGGCAACAGGAGCAGCGCAGGCAGCAACUGCAAGACACUCUCGCAUUCAUGGAGAACAGCAGAGAUGAUCGACAGGACUUUUGGCUGCUUCACUACCAGCGAUUGCUUGAUGCUCAGCCGGAGGAACUUGAGUUCCACUCUUUGGACCCUCUUCUGGGCUACAAUUUCCUGCUGAAUGGCGUGGUGCACUGCCUGCCAUUCCUGUCGCGUCUGUGGCAGAACAAGGCUGUGGCUAUUGACGGCAUCACUGAGGAAGACCUCAUCGAAGCUGGCGUAAAGAAAGAAAAGGAUCGCGCGGGAAUACUCAAAUCCAUCAGAGACUUUACAGCCUCAUCCCGUCCUUGUGAGGACAAUGGCUUUGAGAAGCCCUCCGCUCCGCCACCAACUGAGGCUGAGGAGAGCCCCAAGAGAUCGUCAGAUUCUGAAGCAACUGCUAAAAGCGACAGUAAUUCGGAGUACCAAGAAGUUGUUGCUGAAUGUGUCAUUUGCAUGGAUGAAAAGGUCGAGAUCAUCUUCAUCCCUUGUGGUCAUCUUUGUGUCUGUUCCGGAUGUCAUAACUCAGUGACAAACUGUCCAAUGUGUCGAGCUGCAAUAGAUCAAAGAAUUCGCGUGAUUCAGCCUUGAAGGUAAUUGUAAGUAAGUUUUUAAAUUAUUUAAAUAACUCUUCACCUCCAAUUUUUCAAAAAGUGCGCUUUAAAUUUUCAAACAAACACAACUUCAAACUCAUUAAUCUUUAUAGAGAUUUUGCAUUUUAUCACCUAUAUAUGAGUUCUUUUUUAUCACAAUUUGAUAACAAAACCACAAAUAUAUUUCAAAAGCGUCACGCAUUAAAAAAAGAAAGAAACAUUUUGACAUUUUUCAAUUGUAACAAACAUGUUGGGGGGCCUUAAAUAGAUGGUUUUUGCGUUUUUGCAUGUGUCACAACUUUUCCACUUCACCUCAAUACUAAAAUAAUUAAAAUGAUAUAGAGACACAUUUCCAAAGUAAACUUGUAAAAGGAUUUAUAUACAAGACAAAACGUUGAAAUAAAAUUUUCGAGUGAUUCAAGGAUGUUUUACGCGCGAUAUUUUAUUGCUUUUACAUUAAAAAGAAAAUGAUAAUUAUACUUUUAUUUCGUGCCAUUCAACUGAAACGAAGAUAUUUGAGAAUAAAUUA